GUGCUGGAUGCCUGACAUGCCCGAUUGCCCUGGCAGCCGCUACGAGAGCGACUUCCCCGGAGUCAAGUAUGGCAUCUACGUGCCGAACGGCCCGCUGGUGGCCUGGCCCCGCUUCGCCAACUGCUCCGAGUGGGGCUGCAACACCGGCGGCUGGCCGGAGCCGGAGCAGGAGCAGGCCGAGAU